AAAAGAAAUAAAAAAAAAGGAUUAAAAAGAAUGCAUGUCUGUUUCAGGUUCUCAUUUCCAUUUGACUGCUCCAAUCCCUCUUAGUUGAAACUUCAGACCUUCUUGACCAAAAUCCCACCUUCCCCAGCAGCCUCUUUCCUUCCAACCCACCUCAAAAGCCUCUCUUUUCCUCCAUUUCUCUCCACUUCUUCCUUCAAUCUCCGAUACCCUUUUCUCAAAACCUCCUAAAAGGUCUUUUUUCUGAUUAAGAAGUUGGUUUUUAUGACUUAAUUUACCCAACACCUUCACCCAGUUUAAUACCAUUUCCUUCUGGUCCAACCAACGUUUUUAAAGCCCUGAAGAGUUUCUAGUAAAAAAAAAAACCAAAAAAUGAAUGAUCUAUUUUCAGGCUCUUUCUCUCGCUUCCGAAGCGAGGAAGCUUCACCUAAUCACCACGUUAUCCAGAUGACACAAUCCCCCUCCACCUCCGGCGGUGUCAACCUCGACAAGUUCUUCGAAGAUGUUGAGUCCAUCAAAGACGAGCUUAGAGACCUCGAGAGGCUGAGCGACAACCUCUCGUCAUCCCAUGAGCAAAGCAAGACGUUACACAACGCGAAAGCCGUGAAAGAAUUGAGAGCAAAGAUGGAUGCUGACGUAGCCAUGGCUUUGAAAAAAACCAAGCUUAUUAAGGUUAGGCUGGAAGCGCUUGACCGGUCCAACACUGCCAACAGGAACUUGCCUGAUUGUGGACCGGGGUCUUCUUCGGACCGGACGAGGACGUCAAUUGUGAACGGAUUGAGAAAGAAGUUGAAGGAUUCUAUGGAAAGCUUUAAUGGGUUGAGAGAAAAGAUAUCGUCAGAGUAUAGAGAAACUGUUCAGAGAAGGUACUUUACGGUUACUGGAGAAAACCCAGAUGAGAAGACUCUUGAUCGUUUGAUUUCAACAGGAGAGAGUGAGACUUUCUUGCAAAAAGCCAUUCAAGAGCAAGGAAGGGGAAGAAUUUUAGACACAAUCAAUGAGAUUCAAGAAAGGCAUGAUGCUGUUAAGGAUAUGGAGAAGAAUCUGAAGGAGUUGCACCAAGUUUUCUUGGACAUGGCAGUGUUGGUUCAGGCUCAAGGUGAGCAACUGGAUGAUAUUGAGAGCCAAGUGAACAGAGCUAAUUCAUUUGUGAGAGGUGGAACUGAGCGGUUGCAAACAGCUAGGAAUUACCAGAAAAAUACCCGGAAAUGGACUUGUUAUGCUAUCAUACUUUUGCUGGUGAUCAUCUUGCUUGUGGUGUUAUUCACUGUGAGACCAUGGCAAAACUAAUAACCAAAGGUGGUGCUGGUGGCGACAGCAGUUUGAAGCUUAAUUUCCACUGCAUUUUUUGUUGUUUAAUGGAAAGCAGGGGAUAGGGUUGGAGUGCAAAAGAAUUCUGAUAGACUUUCUUGGAGAGAGACCAUUUGGAUUGUUGAUUCUUUCCUGUAACUAAUAUUUUUGGUUCAGCUAUUUCCUGUUUUAUUGGUUGCUAUAGAUACUGUUUAUGAAAGUUUGUUCUAUAUAAUAUGUACUCUAUAAAUAAAAUUUAGUUCUUGGAUAUUAUACUUUCUGAAAUCUGAACACCUGUUGAUGAAUAUUCCUUUUUGGCUGUACUUGGAUUUGGAAUCAAAUUCAACAAUGGCGACCCUCCACCAACUACUCUGGCAACAAGCAAUAGGAAAAGAAAUAAAUAAAUAAAAUGCAGACAAAAAAGGAAUGGUAGAUUUUCCUUCUGGUUGGCAAAAGAUGAUGAUGGUCAACUAUCCAUUUAUUUAUUUAUUUAUUCCAUUCAUUAGUAUCACAAUUCAGAAAUGUGAAGCGU